AUGGUACAGUUUCAGCGGCGGGUUAUAAACAGUUUAAAUAUCGUGAGGCACAAUCAGGCUGAAAUUAUACAGAUGCUGACAGUAGCCCUACAAAGAAAUAGUCCUCCAGGUGCAGAAACUUCAAACACUCCUGAGCCAGUGCUGCGCUGCCCACUGGACAGUGUGCGAGAAGUCCUUGAUUUCAAUGAAGAACUGACUGAAGGAAAAAGUGAAGCUCUGGUUCUGGACCUUAUGGGCUAUGGAACAAGAACCCUGAACACAACUAUUAAGUCAAUGAUGGCUUAUAUAAUGAGUGAUCAGGCUGCGUCGGAAUUUAGUAUGGACGGCCGCAAAGGCAAGGUUCGAUUUAGGGACCUGAAGCUCGUCAAAGUUCUGUUCUCGGCUGCUCGGCGGACACGCCACCACAAAGACUGCACGGUAGACGACGUGCUCUACCACAUAAAGGAGUGGCUGCGCAGGGCAAAAGAAAGGUGUGCAGCCACUGCUAAGAAAGACUGAAAGUUUGCUGUACAGAAACCAGACGCUACUUCCGUGCAGGACCAUGAUGGUGCUUAAUUAGCUUACAAAAGUGGAAAAUAAAGUCUUGUUGAAUUGUGGAA